UCCCCACUCUGUCGUUGUAGUAACGGAGACACCGAGCAGCAGGUCACCUCAACACUGCAGCCGGACGCAUAACAAAUGCUAAACCAGCCAACGAACAGCUGAGUACACGUCGCUUGCUCCACGUAACACUGCUGGAUAGAUAUUUUUGUGAACUUGACGUCGUUUGGACCUAGAACCGACACCGGAGCCGGAUAGCGUGGACUCGUCGGGACACAGAGCAGGAGCACGAAAAUAACUUUUUUUAUUUUAUUUUUCUAAGUGGAGGAAAUAGCUUUUCUUUUCUUGGUCGCGCGCGCAACAGUGGACCAAGUACAAAUCGUUUUAAGUUCUGGCGUUGUUUCAUUCCGCCUUGCUCGUGGAGCUGUUGACGAGGGAGGCGGACACCAGAGAAGCGGCGGCUCAGCAGCCACCUGACCUCCUGGAAAAUUACACCGCGGCUAAUGACACGCAGGCUGAGAUCCUUACGCGGCUCAUUACUAAGCUCUCUGACGGAGCGGGACGAGUUUCCCGCGAGGCUGUUGCAUGUCCAGUCUUGACGCACCCUUUCGCAUGGGAAGUUUGUAGAAUCCAAUUACUGAUAUCUAAAUCAUGGUAAGUGAUGAUUAAUUUGUAUCAACUGUGACAUCGAAUUAAUUUGACUUAAUUGCCCGUUGAAGUUUCCCCCUUUAACCGCUCUGUCCACCCAAAUUGCAAGUAAUAUGCGGAUCAUGUGUCGGAACCAGACAACAUGGAUUUAAUCGGAGUGGACGUCCUCCAGCGGUCGUAAUGCCAAGCGCCGGUCUAAUCCCGCGCCGCCAGCCCGCAAUGCCUGCACUCUAACCCGCAUCAGUGUGGCGCCGUGUCCCGGUCACACCGCCAGGAUGAGCAGCACCGACCUGGAGCGCAUGUCGCUCAGCUCCUCGGCCAACUCGGUGGCCUCCAGCGCGCGGACGUUGUCGGCCAACGUGAGGAAGCUGCACAACGCGCUCAACCUCCUGCUCAACGACUUCGAGAGGGAGCAGUUCAUCCACUGCCUCAACGUCUACCACUCCAAACGCAACGUGUACGACCUGGUUCAGACCCUCAACGUCAUUCUCAACGCGCCCAGCAAGCGGCAACUUCUGCCCAUGCUGCGGUUGGUCAUCCCCCGCUCCGACCAGCUUCUCUUCGAGCAGUACACCUCGGAGGGCCUCUAUUUAAAAUCGGAUUCAGUCGCAACAAGCAAUGGCAACGCCGAACCCCCGCUGGGCGACUUCCCCGGCGCCAGCCCGACUCCCCCGGGGCAUUUUUCGCCGAACAACCCGCCCGACUUUCAGGUGGCGUUGCGCGGCUCGCCGGACAGCUUCAGCACCAGCAGCGACGGGACAGCUCCCCUGGUGCCGCUGCUCGGGAGGAACUUUGUCCACGAGCCGCCGGGCGAGAUCCGGCAGGUCACCAUGAAGCGGCACAAGAGCAACGAGGGCCUGGGCUUCAGCAUCCGCGGCGGCUCGGAGCACGGGGUCGGUAUCUACGUGUCCCUGGUGGAGCCCGGGAGCCUGGCGGAGAAAGAGGGUCUCCGGAUCGGUGACCAGAUCAUGAAAGUCAACGACAAAGUCUUCGACAAAGUCACUCAUGCCGAAGCAGUGAAGGUGCUGAAGGGCAGUAAAAAGCUUUGCCUCUCCGUGCGUUCAGUCGGGCGGAUUCCAGGUGGCUAUGUCACCAACCAUGUUUAUACCUGGGUUGACCCUCAGGGUCGGAGUGUGUCCCCUCCUCCGGACCUGCCUGAGCAUCGGAGCGCCACGCUGAGAAGAACCGACAGCCAGCGACGCAGCAACAUGCAGCUACUGCAGGAGGGAGACGAGAAGAAGGUCAACUUGGUGUUGGAUGACGGCCGCUCCCUAGGUCUCAUGAUACGAGGGGGAGCAGAAUACGCUCUGGGUAUUUACAUCACCGGAGUGGACCAGGGAUCAGCAGCACAGUGUGGAGGACUCAAGGUCGGCGACCAGAUCUUGGAGGUGAACGGCCGCAGCUUUCUGAGCAUCCCGCACGACGAAGCCGUCAGGGUCCUGAAGUCGUCACAGCACCUGAUGAUGACGGUGAAAGACGUGGGCCGCCUGCCGCACGCCAGGACGGUGGUGGGCGAGACCAAGUGGAUCGCCAGCUCGCAGAUCGGAGAGAGCUCCGCCAACAGCAGCAUGGCAGGCUUCUCGAUGGACAAAGGAGCCUCUGCAGCAGGAAAGCCUGGCUUUUACAAAGGCGUGGCGGGCUCACAGGUCACCCUGUCCAGCCUGGUGAACCAGUCGCGGGCCAUGCUGGAGGAGCAGGCGCGCCACUUGCUGACAGAGGCGGAGCGUCAGACCAUGGGCUACUACGUGGAGGAGUACCGGGACGGACACAUCGGCGUGGAGCAGCUGGUCGUGGCUCUGUUCGAGCUGCUCAACACGCACGCUAAGUUCUCUCUGCUGUCAGAGGUGCGAGGCCUGGUCACCCCACAGGACCUGGAGCACUUUGACGGGCUGGUGCUGAGACGGGAAAUUCAGGCUCUAAAAGCGCGACAGGGGACAGCUGGAGCCUCUGCGCUCCAACCAGACUCCAUGUCCAUGGUGUCGUACCCAGACACCCUGACCUCGUCUUCGGCCAGCUUCAUGACCAACACCACCCUCAGCUCUGCGCGGAACAACAGCGUGGUGGAGAGUAAUGAGCAGGGUCCUCCGGAGAGUCUGAACACGCUGCUGACCGACAUCUCUCUGGACGACGUACAGUCCACCACAGCUGAAUCUCCCCCCUCCUUCAAGCCUCCGCCCCCACCAGGGGUGCGGAGGCGCCCAACUAGACGAGAUCAGCUCAACAAAUGCCCCUCGUCCGAAUCCUCCCACUCAGGCCUGUACUUCACAGCCCCGGCCUCUCACAACCACAGCAGAGAGCCCGGACACGCCCCUGCCUCGCCCUCACCACGCCACAAACAAGAACAUCCCAGGGACCCGUCUUGGGACUACGCGGUCGUCAGAAAGAGAGAACCCUCGGUACCUUCAAAGAAAGAACAGAUAACAGCUGCUCAGUUGUCCAUGGUCUCGCAGCACAACAUCGGUCCUUUCCCCAGGGUCCAGUCCCCCAACAGGGGCACAAAACCUGCUGCCCCGCCGCCUUCACCUCCACCUCCACCUCCGCCUCCACUCCCUGCUCCUCCCCCGCCCCCUUCUCUUCCCCUCAAAACAGUGUCCAUGUCCAAAGCCUCCCCCUCCUCUCCUGGCUCUAAACAGCAGUUUGUUACAGUGGAGGUUCACAGGCGCAACGCAGAGCCCGACUUCAACGAGGUGCGGCCGCUGCCCCAAGCUCGAGGUGGCGCCCUGUCUCAGCUGUCAGACAGCGGCCAGACCCUCAGUGAGGACAGCGGGGUGGACAUAGCUGAGUCAGGACACAUCAGCAAAGACAGCAGCCCCCAUUCCUCACGCACACGCCAUCCCCGAGACACCCAGGGGGGUGGGGGGGGAAACCCCUCCAAACCGCCGGGGCUGUUGGAGCCCACCUCUACACUAGUGAGGGUGGCAAAGAGUGCCAGCACUCUGGGUAUUGCCAUUGAAGGUGGAGCCAACACCCGCCAGCCGCUGCCACGAAUUGUCACAAUACAGAGAGGUGGUUCAGCUCACAACUGCGGCCAGCUGAAGGUGGGUCAGGUGAUCCUGGAGGUAAACGGGGUUUCCAUGAGGGGCCGCGAGCACAGGGACGCCGCACGCCUCAUCGCCGAGGCCUUCAAGACCAAAGAGAGGGACCACGUGGACUUCCUGGUGACCGAGUUCAAUGUGGCGCUAUAGCUGAGUGGAGGAGGAGAGAGGACGAUGACGGGUGCGGCGCCGAGAGAAGAGGGGUUCGAGGACGUCCCGGGAGGAGGAAAAAGAAGAAAGAAAAAAUUGAAGCGUCUGUUGUUUUAAAUGGCACAACUCUUUAAGAUUGACACAAACGAACCACCAACUGAUCCCUGAGCCCUUCUAGAAACCAACCCUUCAUUCCGGAUACAUGAUACUCACAUUUACAAAGUAUUAUUUCCGCCGUGGACUUUGUUCAGGAUGCUCCUCAACGUGUUACCUCCCCACUGUGAGACCUUAUGCACUAAAAUGGAAACUAGUGAGACGUAUACAUCUUUCUUUUGUUCCCGUCCGUCGUAAAAAACUUGUGGAUUUACAACCAUUCAAAACCGACUGGAACUUCUCGUAAAACGACCACAUCCCGUGGUCCGUUUGUUUUAUUUCUCUUUUGCUUCUACCUUGAGAGACAACUGCACAUCUAAGACUGAUCCCUGCUCGACUUUACGAACUCGGAUUGGGAAAUGUAAAAAUGAACAAAUGUAGAUACAGAUGCAUAUAUAGUGUACACAUAAAGAUAGUCCUAUAUGAAUUAUAAAACCCUUAACCUCUGUUGCAUCAUCGCUACAUAGUGAUAUAUUUCAAAGAUGAUGAUAAUUCAGUCCAUCCUGGUGAUUUUACAGUCAUGUCUGCGUGUUACCAUCCUUUCACGAGAAGGAUAACAGAAAUACACAUUACAUGCUCAUAUUUGCUUGAUCAGACAUAGAAGAAAAGUUAUGAUGGGAAUCUUCAUUCGGGCUCCACUCCAAUGCAAAUCAUUUCCUGUUUCCUUCCCACUUCUCCGUGUGCAUCUGUAUUAUUUGAGACUACGUCCACACUAAACGAGCUGAAUAUUAAAAUGCUGUGAAAAUAACAUGCGCUGUAGCCAGGUUUCCUAGGACACACCAGACGAGAAGGUUGUCGUGUUCAGAUUCAUUCACUCUACAGAGCAAUUUUGGAAAGCUCAGUUGCAUCAAAGAUGCUGUAUGUCUUCAGAUUCGGCCAGUUUAAUGUGGAGGUCCUCUCAGAGGGGAUCAAACGCCUCGUUUUUCCCCCUCAGACCGCUUUGCUCCUGCUCGUCUGAAUAACAAUUGAUGAUUUUAUUUAGUAAUUUCAUAGUUUUAAUUAUAUUCACCCUUGGGGGAGGGGGGGGGGGGACUUGCUGAAGCUGUGCUCAGUGCAGCAAUUACCCUCAAGAGGGGCGUAAUGAGACAUUUGGAGGACGACACUGCCAAAGAUUUGAGAAACACUCCGCCUCACAUGUUCACGCAACAUGCACGCACGCACACAUCACGCACAGAUCUUAUCCACUUAUAGAAAAGCAAUUAGGAGAUAAGCAAUCAGGUGGAGGGAGAGAGGGAGCGAGAGGGAGAGGAAGAGAGAGAAUGAGAGAGCGACAGAAGCAGCAGAUGAGACGUGAUUGUUGCUGUGAUGAGUUGCUUCCUCACAGGAAGAGUGCAAGCGUGGAGAGGAUGUACAGCAAACAUCCUCCAUGUGUCACGCCAGAGACUCACAUUAGGCUGCAGGUAGAACUAGGCAGUAAUUGGACUAAUUAACUAGUGUUGUAUCUGUGCGUGGAUGUGUGUUAUAUGUGUUUUAAUGCGAGUGGCCUGUGUCUGUCUGAAUGACAUAAUGAUGUUCAAAACAAGGAGACAGCAAAUAAUGCUGAAUGUAAAUGUCAUCAAAGGCACUGCUUGAUGAGACAUGUGUGAGGGAGUGAAGCGGUAGUGUGGGCCUCCUAAAGAACACCAGCGGAGCAGCUCUGUGAGAAAUUGCCGUCAAACACUCCUGAAUCUCUCUGGUGACCGCUAAGAGAAGAGAACAGCACUUUCGUUCUUCGUUUGCACACCAUUUAUCUUCAAAACGUCAACCUUCAAAACAAACACCCACAUCCUGUACCCGUAUAUUGCCCAAAUAUGAUCCCAAGAUAUAUAUAUUUUUUAAAGAAUCUUUAAUUUCUUAGCAACUUAUUUGAGUUUGUUUAUCUGUCAAAAGACCAUGUUUUGUUCCAUUGCUCAUUUUACAAGUGAGAAGUAAGAAAACCAAAGAAAGUGGCAACGUUUUUUAAGCAGCAUGAAUUGAUUUUUGCCGCUAGAAGACAGGAGAACUCCACAAGAACAUUUACACAGAUUGUCAGAUUACGUUGUUCAUAUAUCCUUUGAUUCAUCUUGAGUCGUGUUUUGGCCCAGCUGAUGACCUGAUGACUCACCCCGCUUUUAGCUCUGCUUUGGGGUCCACCAGAUUUUUUUUACAACUAGUUUCAAGUUUUGUCCGUCUCUCGUUUGGUAUUCAGGAAUUGUGUGUGUGUAUUUAUAUAUAUUUAUAUAUAUAUAUAUAUUGUUUUUUAUGAAAGUUUCAUUUUCCCUCUCAGUUAAAAAACAGUCAACAUGAAAGUAAUGACAUGAUGCAAGUGAAGAAGUGAAUCAAGAUGACAUAAAUCCAGAGUGCCUAGUAAAGGACGACCUGGAACAGCAAAUCACACCAACAUCUCACCAGCUAAAGCUUUGACAGUAACUAUCGUCCUGCAGCAGGAUUUAUGUAAUGUUUAUGUAGCUUACGUUGUCCAUUAAUAAGUCAACAGCCUGAUGAAAAGCCCCCGUAUUAAACUGUUUAUCUCUGAGGGGAAUGUGGAGAAGCUCCCAUUUAUACAACAGAGUUUCUGUCUCGAAGAUUACUGAGGCGUUUGAGUGCAUCCACUAAUUUCACUUGGAGAAAUAUUAACUGUAUGCAUAUUCAGGACGUGAUAGGAACAAUGUCUGGAAAGAAUCAUACUCACCGCAACCACAAGCAAACUUAAAAUUCAGGAUGCAUCGUGUGUGUGUGUGUGUGUGUGUGUGUGUGUGUGUGUGUGUGUGUGUGUGUGUGUGUGUGUGUGUGUGUGUGCGCGAGCGAGUGAGAGAGUGAGUGAGAGACAGCCUGAGCUGGAUAAGAAGGCAGAAGAGACAUUCAAACAGAUGAGCGCUGGAGUGUGUCCUCUCAAUGGAAGCACUCUCUUAAAUAAUCUAAUCUGGAAGGAAUCGCACCCACACAGAUGAACGCUUUUCUUUUCCGAGUUGAACAUUCAAACCUCACACAUGACAACUCCUUUCAAAGAGAGGAGACAAGGAAAGCUGAAAGGAGGAGGGGGAAAAAGUGCUUUGUUUGGCACUGCUGCGGCCAAGCUUUUGAUUUUUAAUUUGCUAAAUCUUUCCAGUGAAAACCGCAGACUAUGUCUCUAAAUUGGAUUGUAUUUAUAUUCACUUUAAAGGUGUUUCAAACAGCCGGAAGGAAAACAUUUUGCUCUGUGGGUUGAGGGAAUUCUCCCACUCCUGAGAAGAAUAAAACCAUUUUAAAACCCUUCGGAUUAACUCCAAAAUACAUUUCCACAAACAAGGCAAGAUAUCAUUAGAGAAUGUUCUCUUACUCUUACAAAUGGAAUAACUUUCAGAACCGCUACCAAAAUAUUACCUGCUACUUUAAAUUAGAUAUAUUAGAUCUUUUUUUACAAAAGCCUUUUUUCAUUCUUAUUGUCAAAAAAAGACCGAAACAAACAAUGUGUUUGUCUGUCUCUCAAUACUUUCUGUCUUCUCUGCAAAACAGCUGGGCACUGUGACUUUUUAGCAAACUUGACCUAAACAGGAGUAAAUGGUGCAUUCGUUGGGGACUAUUUUCAGCUGCGAAUUAAUACACAUUUGGUGCUCUAGUGAUUAUUUGAAGCAGUGUCCGUGGGAUUGAAUGACAAUACACCGUGUGUGUGAGGAGGGAACAUGUGACCUAGUGCUCACUUGUGUGUUCUCAAUAGUUUUUAAUCCACAGUAGAUCUCUAUGACACAGAGGAAUACAAUAUAUUAGUAGGAUCAAUCAUUGUUGGUUUUUGUCUUUUCAAUGGAUUUGUUGACAACAGAAGAAUAUCUAUAAUAACUUUGUCCUUGAACAAAAGAAGUCAAGCACCCCAUAUGUUAAAUGUUGUCUAAAUAUAAGCAGCCACACAAGAACUUAGAUAACGUAUACAAUUGGGAGAAUUAUAAUUUAUUUUCCAAAAAAGAACUACAUUUCGGCCAGAAGCAAACAGUUGCACAGAGACUUCAUACAUCUUCAAACAAAGCCAAGUUCCAGGAUAUGAAAAAUUGUAAAAAAAAAAAAAAA